CAAGCUGAUCUCAAAGAGACUGAAAAGAAGCUUAAAACAGAGGGAAAAGAUCCUCUUCACUUCUUCCAGUGGGUCACAGAUGAAGUGCUCAGUAGUCUUAAUGAAUAUGGAAUUCUUAAGUUCUUCAAUACUACUUUUUUAUUAAACACAGCUAAUGCUGUGUGGACAUUUGAAAUGCCCAUUUCGAUUGAGUUUCCCACACUUGGGGAAGCAGAUCCUCUCCACUUCUUUCAUUGGGCUUAUGAGAAAAUGUACAGCAGUCUUAAUGAAUAUGCAAUUAUUCCUUUCUUUAACACAACAUCAAACUUAUUGAAGGCAUCUCAAUCUUUAUGGACUAUGGAAAUUCCUAUGUCUAUAUCCUAUUUUUCCCUGGAGAGCAUAGAUCCUUUUCGCUUCUUUCAUUGGAUCAAUGAGGAAGUGCAGAGAGGUCUUAAUGAAUAUGGAAUUCUUUCCUUCUUCAACACAACUUCUUUCUUGAACACAUCUUGUGCUUUAUGGACUUUUGAUAUGCCCAUUUCCUUCCCUAGUUUUACAGAUACUUUUGGCUUCUUCCACUGGGUCUACGAAGAAGUAUUAGGUGGUCUUAAUAGAUAUGGAAUCCUUAAUGUCUUCAAUACCACAACUCAUGCUUUGUGGAAUUUUGAAAUUCCAUUUUCUAUUUCCUUUCCUACCCUGGAGUUCACAGAUCCUCUUCACUUUUUUAAUUGGAUCUAUGAGGAAACGCUGAAUGGUCUGAAUAAUUAUGGGGUUUUGAGCCUCUUCAACAUUACUUCUUUCUGGAAUGCAACUCAUGCUUUAUGGGAUUUUGAAAUACCCAUUUCUAUCACCUUGCCUACACUGCCUUCACUGGAGAGCAUAGAUCCUCUUAGUUUCUUCCAUUGGAUCCAUGAAUCUGUUAAAAAUGGUUUUAAUAAAUUUGGAAUAAUUAAUUUUUUCAACACUACAUUGUGGAAUGCAACUCAUGGUUUAUGGAAUUUUGAAAUGCCAAUUUCCUUGCCUACUCUGCCUACUCUGGAGAGCUUAGAUCCCCUAUACUUCUUUGAAUGGGUGUUUGAAGAAAUUCACAAUGGUCUUAACAAAUAUGGAAUUUUACACUUAUUUAACACUACUUCAUUCUGGAAUGCAACUUUUUGGAAUUUUGAAAUGCCUGAUUAUAAGCACUUUCCUACCCUGGAGAGUAUAGAUCCUCGUCGCUUCUUCUGUUGGGUGUACGAGGAAGUACACAAUGGUCUUAACAAAUAUGGAAUUCUUAACGUUUUCAACAUUACUUCUUUCUUGAAUGCAGCUCAUGAUUUAUGGGCUUUUGAAAUUCCCAUUUCUAUCUCCUUUGCUUGGAUGGAGAGCAUAGAUCCCAUUUAUUUCUUUUACUGGGUCUACGAGGAAGUGGUCCGUGGUCUAAAUGAUUAUGGAGUUAACUUCUUUAAUACUACUUUUCUCUUGAAUGCAACUGAUGCUUUAUGGAAUUUUACAAUGCCCAUUUCUUUCACCUUUCCUACACUGGAAGGCACAGAUCCUUUACAAUUCUUUCAUUGGGUCUAUGAAAGCUUGCUCAGUGGUUUAAAUGAAUAUGGAAUUAUUAAUUUCUUCAAUAACACUUUACUGAAUGCAUCUCAUGCUUUAUGGAAUUUUGAUAUGCCCUUUUCUAUUUCCUUUCCUACAAUGGCAGAUAUAGAUCCUUAUUAUUUAUUUCAUUGGAUUUUUGAGGAAGUAAACAAUUGUCUUGACAAAUAUGGAAUUUUUAGCUUCUUCAAUACAACUUCUUUCUGGAAUGCAACUCAUGCUUUAUGGAAUUUUGAAAUGCCAAUCUCCUUUCCUACACUGGAAGGCAAAGAUCCUCUUGGUUUCAUCCGGUGGCUCUACGAGGAACUGCUCAAUAGUCUUAAAGAAUAUGGAUUCCCUUACCUUUUUGACUCUACUAGUGAUGAAAAAAGUCCUGGCUAUGAAGCAAUUGAAGAGGAGACAGCAGAAGUGCACGGACAAUAAAUUGAACCACUUCUAAGUUGUUAAAAUUCCUUAUUUAGGGAAAGCUAUGCUGGCUUUACUGAGAGUAUAGGUCCAGCAGCAGGUCACAAGGCAGAGAAGGGUAUUGUUAUAUGUUAGUACAAAAGAAACAAAAUGUUUCAUCUCAAAGGUGGCAAGUUCUGCACAAAAUAUGAGAGGCUGGUAUUAAAAUGAUACAUGUUUGAGCUUUCUUGUAUUAACCUGAGAAAUUAACUGACAGAUACAGUACAGUAUUUUCAGUUGCCAGUUAGGAAAGAAAAACUGGUCAGUUCUUUUAAAGUGGGGAUUGGCAGUAUGAUGUGGUAACUGUAAGCAAAUCAAUAUAAAUAUAUUGCAGUAGAUCAUUUUUUUACAUAUGUGUACUGUUCAUGCACAGUACUGAAUAAUGAGAAUCUGCAAUGGAACAAAGAAUUAUGUUGUGACUUUUGUUUCUAAGAAGAAAACAUGGUGAUUUCUAUUAAAAAAAAAAAGGGUGCUUAUACAUUAAGCAUCUUAUGUAAAUGUAUGUUUUUUAAAGUCAUUAAAUAACCCCUUCAGUAACAGAUUAUCCUCUUGCACUGAGGGGAAGAUAUAUCUGGGAGCACAUUUAUAAAAUUCUUGGAGAAGCUACUAGCUUAGAUUUGUGUUAAAAUGUCUAGUGUAUGUUCUCAGGAAAGUUGCAUUUUCAUAAGCUGCCAUGUAUUUACUUGUUUGCAAAUUGCAAUACAUGACAUUAUUGGAUUUAUUUCUAAACCAUGUAUAAUCAUUUAGCAACUGAUUAUCUCUAAGGUAAUUUUUCGUUAAACAAAAUGUAGGAAACAGGAUUCUACAAGAACUAAAACUCUCUAGGAAAAUUGUACACAACCAUUUUUAUCUCUGGAACCCUAGAAAAUGAAGAAUAUGUCUAGCCCCAUGUGAAAUUUCAAAAUGAAAUAUAAAAAAAUCUGUUUGCGAUUUUGUAAAACAGAUUUCAAUGCAGGAGUCUGAUGAUUUAUUUAUCUCUAAAUCUAUAAAGGGUAUUUUCGGUUGGCAGUAGGGCUGCAAUGGUUUGUGCACACAACAGCAAACAAUGCUUUAAUCAUUAGUGUAGCAGAGCAGCAGCUUUUAUCUGUGGAAUGAAUGUGUGCAGUAUAACCUCUGGAACUAUGACCCCAAAACUAUAGCAUAACUAUAGAGUAAGCAACAAUAAGCUCACCAGCAAAUAUGUUAAUUUUAAACAGAACAACGGUUACAUGCAUAAGAAAAACUGUAGAAUGCUGUGUAAAAGUAUUUACUUUAGAAACAGUAUAGCCUGAUAUUCUGUGGUAAUGGUUUCAAUCAAAAAUACCCAAUAUUUCCUACUUUUUGAGGUUUUUACUAGUGAUGAGCAACCGUGCCUAUUUUUGACGCGACCACACCUAUUUUGAUGCGGCCACACCCAAAUUGAUGCGUGCGUGACUUUUUUGACAUGCGAUGAAUUUUUUGGCGGCAAAUUUUCAGUUUCGCUAAACAAUUCACCAAUGGCGAAAUACAAAAGUUCACUGCAAAUCCAUGCCUGACGAAAAAAUUUGCUCAUCACUAGUUUUUACUCAUGGCAGUCUUAAUACAUCACUUUACCACUCUGAUUACAAUACAAAUCUUGGUAAUCCCAAAAUAACCUAAACCUAACAAUAAUUAUAAUAUUUAAUAUUUUUAACUAUACAUUAAAAUUAAGAGGAAUAUAUUACUUUAGAAAAAUGGCUAAAACUAAAACCCUAAAGCGAAUUAUAUUAUUUUACAUACUCUAUUAAAUUGUUGUCAAAUAUAACGUCUGCAUAAUAGUGAAACAUUGUGAUUUUGUUUUGUGUAUUUCUUAUUUUCACUGCUAUUUAUGUUGCCCAAGGAUAUAUUUGUGUAAAUAUGCAUAUUUAGUCUUAUAUACACAGGUACAUAAAUAUUCCUGGUUAUAAGGGUUAUUUAAUAAAAGAUAUAGUUCAUUCAAAAAUAUACAAUUAUUAUUAAAAAGCUAUUGACCCAAAGCUACAGUAAUAACAAACAUGCAAAGUACAAAACAACACUGAAUCUAAAUAAUAUAUACACACAGGGAAAAAUACCCUUAUUCUAUGUUGCAUCUGUGUCCUAACUGCAGGAACUCCCAGAAUUCACUAACUAAAACUUAACCAAGUCUUUUAACCUAGAGACUGACCAUUAUUUUAUGUGUCACGUUUUGAUUGAUUAGUGACCAUUAAGUUAAGCAUAUGGAGUUUAGCAUGGAUCCCUGAGGCAGGCCUUUGUUGUUGACAAUCGGGACAAUGGAAGGUGGAAAUAUUCAGUUUGAGGGAAGAAAGGAUUGAAUUUCCAACUACCCUUAGUCAAAGGGAGGGAGCCUAAAUAGGAGGAAACACUGCAUUGAGAAAGGGGGUGGGAGGCCCUGAAAUGUUUGUUCUGUGUAUCUUAACUGAUUGCUUCAAUAAACUACUGUGGAGGCAGAUUUUGCACCAGCA